UUGACCACGAAUUGUAGGUGGCGAUAAGGUUGAAUAUUCACGGAGCACGUGUGUAUCCAUGAUUAUGAUAUGUUAAAUAAUUAAUUUAUCAAAACUACACGCAUAUGAGCCAGUAUGGGACGAAAUCAGAAAAAUCGGCAACAGAAAUGUGUUUUUCAAGUUCCAGUUAACAGGGUUAACAAACAAAAGGAUAAAAGGAGUAAACCAGUGACUUCAAGACUCAAACGAAUAAAUGCAAAAGACAGCAUUCAAAAACUUGAUGAAAACUUGGUUAAUCUACGAAAGACCAUCAAUUCAACAACCAAGACAUCACAGGAACAAGAGUUGGUAAGCUCAAAAACAAUAGUAGCAGUACCACAACCAGAUAUGGAUCAAACAUUAAAUGAUUUAGCAAAAAUGUGUCAAUUAGGAAAGAAGGAAAAAUAAAAUUAUGUUUUUGUUGGGAGUGA